AUGAACGAAGAAUCUCGAUGUGGAGAGCUGCAACAAUUAGUUAGGGAAGAAGAAGAAGAAGAAAAUGAAGAAACUACAAUAAAUGCCAGUGGCGAGGCCACUCCGCCAACUAGUCCAGAUAAGUCUCAGCCUAGUAAAAAUAAUUACAUUCCUCAUGCAUCCUCAACCAGCUCUGAACAAGCUACCAGCCAAGGAUCAAUGGUCUCUGGAAAAGUUAAUUCUCAUGGAAAUCACCACCAAUUGUUACAACAAUCCCGGGUUAUGUAUGUUAAUGAAAAAGAUAAACAGCGGUCUAGUAAAUCAGAUUUUACUAGUAGAACUCGUCAGCACAGAGGCAAAGACUGCAGCAUGGAACAAAUGACAGAAAUCAGAGAGCAGCAAGAAAGAUUAGCCCGAAUGCACUUUGAAAUUGGGCAACAGCAGCCCCGUCAUCAAGAAAAAGACACCAGUGGCCCUGGACAGUCUAGUGCAAACAUGCGACACCUUCUUCACAGACUCCAACAGCUCAGUAUGUGCAUUGAGAAACUGCACAACAAAUAA